UCCCCUAUAACCAAUCUUGGGUUAAUUUCCUCUUGAUCUGGAGAAGGCCUUUCUGCAUUCUGUAUGCGCUAGGCACUUGGGGAUACAGAGAUGAAUAAGACACCGCCCUCCCUCAAGGACCUCACAAUCUAGUGAGGGAGCUGGACACAGACAUAAUUACAAUACAGAGUGAUAAAUGCUCUAGUGGAGAUAACAAUGAAGAUGGUGCCAAAAAUGCUUUCUCCUUUGGUUAAAGAUUGGGCUCCCAAAGCAUUUAUAAUUUCUUUUAAGUUGGAGACUGAUCCCUCCAUCAUAAUUAAUCGUGCUCGGAACGCUUUGGAAGUUUAUCGACAUCAAGUGGUGGUGGCUAAUAUCCUUGAGUCACUACAGUCCUUUGUGGUUAUUGUAACCAAAGACUCAGAAACUAAGUUAUUGCUAACAGAGGAAGAAGUAGCAAAAGGCAUAGCAAUAGAAGAGAAGAUAGUGGACCAUCUGCAGUGUCGACACACAACUUUUAUAUGUGACAGGAACUGAACUAAAAAGCUCUUAUAGGAUCAAAAAUUGUCCAGUGGACCAGGGCUCUUACAGAUGGCAAAACUUAGACUAUCCUUUGCUUUCAUAAGAACAAGGAAAAUAAAGGGAACGGUAAAAGUGUGUGCAGGCAAAUAAUAGGUUGGUAUUUGUCUUUAAUGACUAGACCACCUGACACACAUGAAUGUCAUCUUGAUUUGGAAAUUGAACACUUGACUAUAUGUCAACUUAAAAAAAAAAGCCUUUUGGGAUUAUAUAUUCCACAAAUUAUACAUGGGGAGCUGAAUAUCAGCCUAAUUUAUACUGUAGAAAGAGGAUUAUGGAUGCAUGAGUAGUCAUGCUUUGAAGAUCAAGUAUUUGUUGAGUGCCUGCUAUGUGCCAGGCCCAUGUUGAGCUAUGAAGAUUAAAAAGAUGAAUGAACAUGUCAUGUUCAGGAAAUGGAUGUGUAAAAAAUUAAGUGCAAUAAAGUGCCCACAAAACCAAUACAUGAAAAGGAUGGUUUUUGUUUGUUUAAGUUUACCAAAAGGGAGAAGAGAAAGAGAUCUCCCUGAAGAUAUAUUGCCUGUAGAUUGGAAAGCUUCCCACUAUGUUUACUUUUUUGCUUCUUUCCUAGAUUUCCUCCAUAUUUGAGUAACAAUUUAUCUUUCAAAUAUUUUAGAACUGCUCUUGAGGUAAAUUUACCACAGCCUUCCACCUAGAACCAGGCAGAGGCCAGUUGGUAGCUCUGUCUGGAGGGAGACACUUCAGUGUGGUAAUAUAUAUGGGGUCUGGAGUCAAUCAGGUGUGCUACUUACCAGCUUUGUAAACUUAGACACAUAACUUAAUCUCAGUUUCUUUAUAUAUAACCAGCAAAGUAACACUAAAUAAAAGUGAAAAUGAAGCAUCAGUCUGCUGCCUAGUACUUACGCUCAAUAAAUGGUUGCAGUUUCUCAUUUACCAUGGCAGUGUUACGCCAGGGCCUUCCUUGAUUCUUGAAUCUCAGAAACUCUAAGUUCUUUGCACUGUCCUACAUUUUGGGUUAGGAGUGUGUAAGAAGUGUAGUGCAGAAAAGUCCCCUAAAUGAUCUGAUGAUGGUGCAGAAUACAACUUGAAAAAAAUAUUAUUAACUACAUAGAAGUAGGUAGUCUUGCUGGGCGCCAGUGACUCACUCCUGUA